UGAGGUGCCGGGGAGCGGCGGUGGCAGCAGGCAGGGCGAGGCUGGGCGGAAAGCGAGCGGGAGAAGGGAAAGCAGCCGGGCGUGGGCGCCUCCUCCGCGGCCCCCUCCAUGGUCGGCGCCUGCAAGCCGCGGCGGCCUGUCUUGCGCUUCAUCUCCGCUCCAUCCUCCUGCGCCGCCGCCUCUUCAGGGGCUGCCGGCCGCGCUGUGUCGAACCCCCGGGGCCGAGCUCCGCGGCGCUGCGGCUGCGAGCGGCGAGGGGCCCGCGAGGCGCCCUGAGGCUUUGCGGCAGCCGGCCGGCCCGCUUCCGCCGGGCUCCUCGCCGCGGCCGCCGGCGCUGGGGGAGAAUGAGCCCCGGGGCCCGCGGGCGCACGGCCCGGGCCAGGCCGGAGAUCUAGACUCCGGCAGGGGAGGGCAGGGCCCGGAGGCUCGCGGCCGCUGCUCGUCGGCCGCCCAGAGCUGGGCGGUUUUGUUUUCGCCUUGGCGUUGUGCGGAAUCAAAGCGCAGUAAGAUGUCCACUAGGACCCCUUUGCCAACGGUGAAUGAACGAGACACUGAAAACCAUUCUGCCUGCAUGUGUGCCUGUGAACCAGAAGAGGGCACCAGAUGUCACUGCAGAUGGCUGUGAGCCACCAUGUGGUUUCUGGGAAUUGAACUCAGGACCUUUGGAAGAACAGCCAGUGUUCUUACCCACUGAGUCAUCUCUCCAGCCCCUAUCUCAGCACACUUCACAUGGAGAUGGGAGGCAAGAAGUCACCUCGCGCACCGGGCGCUCUGGAGCUCGGUGUAGAAACUCAAUAGCUUCCUGUGCAGAUGAACAGCCUCACAUCGGAAACUACAGACUGUUGAAAACAAUCGGCAAGGGGAACUUUGCAAAAGUGAAAUUGGCAAGACACAUCCUCACAGGCAGAGAGGUUGCAAUAAAAAUAAUUGACAAAACUCAGUUGAAUCCAACAAGUCUACAAAAGCUCUUCAGAGAAGUAAGAAUAAUGAAGAUUUUAAAUCAUCCAAACAUAGUGAAGUUGUUCGAGGUCAUUGAAACGGAAAAAACACUCUACUUAAUCAUGGAAUAUGCAAGUGGAGGUGAAGUAUUUGACUAUUUGGUUGCCCAUGGAAGAAUGAAGGAAAAAGAAGCAAGAGCUAAAUUUAGACAGAUCGUGUCUGCAGUACAGUAUUGCCACCAAAAACGGAUUGUUCACAGAGACCUCAAGGCUGAAAAUCUGUUAUUAGAUGCGGAUAUGAACAUUAAAAUAGCAGAUUUUGGUUUUAGCAAUGAGUUUACUGUUGGCAGUAAACUAGACACGUUUUGUGGUAGUCCUCCAUAUGCAGCCCCUGAGCUAUUCCAGGGUAAGAAGUAUGAUGGGCCGGAGGUUGAUGUGUGGAGCCUUGGCGUCAUUCUGUACACCCUCGUCAGUGGGUCGCUCCCCUUUGAUGGCCAGAACCUGAAGGAGCUGAGAGAGAGAGUGCUGCGAGGGAAGUAUAGGAUCCCCUUCUACAUGUCCACAGACUGUGAGAACCUUCUGAAGCGCUUCCUGGUGCUGAACCCAGUGAAACGCGGCACUCUUGAGCAAAUCAUGAAGGACAGGUGGAUCAACGCAGGUCAUGAGGAAGAUGAGCUUAAGCCAUUUGUUGAACCAGAACUAGACAUCUCAGACCAGAAGAGAAUAGAUAUUAUGGUGGGAAUGGGAUAUUCCCAAGAAGAAAUUCAAGAAUCUCUUAGUAAAAUGAAAUACGAUGAAAUUACAGCUACAUACUUGUUAUUGGGGAGAAAGUCUUCAGAGCUGGACGCUAGUGACUCCAGUUCUAGCAGCAACCUUUCACUUGCUAAGGUGAGGCCAAGCAGUGACCUGAGCAACAGCACUGGCCAGUCUCCUCAUCACAAAGUACAGAGAACUGUUUCUUCAAGUCAGAAACAGAGGCGUUACAGUGAUCAUGCUGGACCAGCUAUUCCUUCAGUUGUGGCAUAUCCAAAGAGGAGUCAGACCAGCACCGCAGAUAGUGACCUCAAAGAAGAUGGAAUUACCUCCCGAAAAUCAGGCGGCAGUGCUGUAGGAGGAAAGGGGAUUGCUCCUGCCAGUCCUAUGCUUGGGAAUGCAAGCAAUCCCAAUAAAGCGGAUAUUCCCGAGCGCAAGAAAAGCCCUGCUGUUCCCAGUAGUAAUGCAGCAUCUGGCGGAAUGACACGGCGAAACACUUAUGUUUGCAGCGAGAGAUCUGCAACGGAUAGACACUCAGUGAUUCAAAAUGGCAAAGAAAACAGCACUAUUCCUGAUCAGAGAACUCCAGUUGCUUCUACCCACAGUAUUAGCAGUGCGACCACCCCAGAUCGCAUCCGCUUCCCAAGGGGCACAGCCAGCCGUAGCACUUUCCACGGCCAACCUCGGGAGCGGCGAACUGCAACAUAUAAUGGCCCACCUGCCUCGCCCAGCUUGUCCCACGAAGCCACACCACUGUCCCAGACUAGAAGCCGAGGUUCCACUAAUCUUUUUAGUAAAUUAACUUCAAAACUCACAAGGAGAAACAUGUCAUUCAGGUUUAUCAAAAGACUUCCAACUGAAUAUGAGAGGAACGGGAGAUAUGAGGGCUCAAGUCGCAAUGUAUCUUCGGAACAAAAGGAUGAAAACAAAGAGGCAAAACCUCGUUCACUGCGCUUCACCUGGAGCAUGAAAACCACGAGUUCUAUGGAUCCCAGUGAUAUGAUGCGGGAGAUCCGCAAAGUGCUGGACGCCAAUAACUGCGACUAUGAGCAGAGGGAGCGCUUCCUGCUCUUCUGUGUCCAUGGCGACGGGCACGCAGAGAACCUGGUGCAGUGGGAGAUGGAAGUCUGUAAGCUGCCAAGACUGUCUCUGAAUGGAGUCCGGUUUAAACGGAUAUCAGGGACAUCCAUAGCUUUCAAAAAUAUUGCUUCCAAAAUUGCCAAUGAGCUAAAGCUGUAGCCCAGUAAUUAUGGUGUAAAUUAAGUAGCAAUUUAAGGUGUUUUCCAGAACACUGAUGGAAAUGUAUAGAGUAAUAUUUAGGCAAUAACGUCUGCAUCUUCUAAAUCAUGACAUUAAGGUCUGAGGACGAGAGCACGCCUGGGAGCGAAGGCUGGCCUUUUCUACGAAUGCACUACAUUAAAGUCUGUGACCCCGUG